ACCCUCGAACAUGAGUAAUUGUAGUGGCCUACCGACCGUCACCGUGGUCCAGCUGAAGCAGAGCAAAAACAUCAUCUACUUCCUGCGAUUGAUCUUCAAUCACUGUAAGAGCUCCGGAAUCGGUGAACCGAGCGUUUAUCAUGCCUUAGUAGUCAUAUUUUUGGAAUUCUUCGCCUGGGGGCUAUUGACGAUGCCCGUCAUAAAUGUCCUCAAUCAGACCUUCCCGGAUCAUACCUUCCUAAUGAACGGGCUGGUGAUGGGUAUCAAGGGUAUACUGUCAUUCCUGAGCGCUCCACUAAUCGGGGCCCUUUCCGACGUGUGGGGCCGGAAGUUCUUCUUGCUAAUUACGGUAUUCUUUACUUGCGCCCCCAUACCGCUGAUGUCGAUUAACUCCUGGUGGUUCUUUGCCAUGAUCUCAAUCAGCGGCGUGUUUGCGGUCACAUUUUCCGUCGUGUUUGCGUACGUGGCCGAUGUCACCACGGUGGAGGAUCGAUCCCGGGCGUACGGUCUGGUAUCGGCUACCUUUGCUGCCAGCUUGGUCAUUUCUCCCGCCCUCGGCGCCUACCUGAACGACAAAUACUCGGAGCCGCUCAUUGUCGCCCUCGCGACGGCGAUCGCUGUGUUGGACGUAUUUUUCAUCCUGGUUGCGGUGCCGGAGAGUUUACCGGAGAAGGUGCGUCCCAGCUCGUGGGGUGCUCCGAUCAGCUGGGAACAGGCAGAUCCAUUUGCGGCGCUUCGUAAGGUUGGUCUGGAUCAAACGAUUCUGAUGCAGUGUGUCACGGUGCUGCUCUCUUAUCUGCCGGAGGCUGGACAAUAUUCUUGCAUUUUCGUCUAUCUGAAAUUGAAGAUGCACUUCAGCUCGAUCGACGUGUCGAUCUUCAUUGCCGUCGUUGGUAUACUAAGUAUACUGGCGCAGGUCAUCCUAGGCGAUCUAAUGAAGGCACUUGGUGCAAAGCGUACAAUAAUAAUAGGAUUACUGUUCGAAAUGUUGCAACUGCUGUGGUACGGUUUCGGCAGUCAAACAUGGAUGAUGUGGGCGGCAGGAAUUCUGGCCUCACUAGCGUCAAUUACGUACCCUGCAAUCAGCGCUUUCGUGUCGAUACAUUCCAACCCGGACCAACAGGGGGUGGUCCAGGGUAUGGUGACCGGAAUGCGUGGUUUGUGUAAUGGUCUCGGACCGGCCAUGUUCGGCGUCAUAUUCUACGUGUUUCACGUCGAUCUGAACGACGAGCACGCGGGAGGCGGUGCGGCGGCGGGUCUGAACGGAGCCGGUGGUCUCGGUGGCGUCGCCAGUGGCAGUGCCAACGGUAUUUUCGAUGGAUCCGACGCCAAGUUCGUGCGGAACGAAACGUUACUCGGAGGCGUCCAUCAUCACAUCGAGGAUGAGUACUCGCAGCUCAUGCCGGGUCCACCUUUCGUGUUCGGGGCGCUGAUGGUCAUCUGUGCCAUUGCCGUGGCGGCAUUCAUCCCGGAGGCACCGAGCGACAACAUACGGCGGCCAUCGGGUGAGAGGAAAAAAAGCGGCUAUCGGAGCCAAGACAGAUUGACCGUUCUUAUUGGAGACUGAUUAGUGCGAUGGACUUUCGCUGGAUGUCGACUAUGAGUACGAGCGGGGACGCAAAGUAGCGGGCCCACUGUCGCCACUGAUGCACCAGGACUCCGCUCAGCUAUAGUUUUGUCACUGGCCAGUCGACCAGCAACCGGAACGACGUGAGCUGUCCCAGGAUGGCGUUACGUCCGUCCUAAGCGUCGUUAACUAUUUCGGCUAGUGUGUACAAUCUAGUUUUAAGCGAUAUUGUGUAGCAGCAGCAGGAACAGGUAAUUCAUGAGACGCGUAACCCAAGGCAAAGGGGAAGGAUCGUUGAGUGCAGUGGCAUUGAAGAGGAAGGAUUAGUAUUGAAACGAAAAGUAGCGGAGGAGGUGCGCGGUAGACGUUGUAUUUAGUUUGUUUAUUUUAUUGUCAUGCCUAAUUGAAUUGUCUAACUGAAGGCGGUUUAAGAUACAAAAACAGGUACCAUUCGAAAAACUGCCACCAGUCAUCUACCAUCGCAGGAGUGGUGGUUUAGUGUUCUUUUAUAAAAUUCAGCUUCAGCCACUUUAUGGUGCGGAAGAGUUGUAAAUCUUCUUUGAAAACUUAUUCUUUAUGACAUGCAAUUUAAGCUGUUCUUGUUACGAAAGCCGAGGGAAGGAAAGUGUUGUUAAUUUUGCCCUUUUCCCAUGUUAGUUUUUCUUUGGAAUGGAAAGCUUUAAUGUUACUAUCCGAGAACUCUGUUUGCGGUUCAGAUGAUGGAACACGCACUAAACUAAAAAGUGUUGUUGUUGUGGCACAACGAAACGAAAAACGAAACGUGUGAGAGUAUAUCUAGCCAUUUGCCAGCCUCGAUCGACGUCAAUCGUUUAUUCUUUAUUUUCUUUUAGUCUAGUCAAACGACGGACCUUCUCACACUCAAACACACUUAAUCAACAAACUGAUCGUGCUGGUACGAACAGAUAUAGUAUUCCCAUCGCUAUCGCUAGCUCCUCAUGGUCUGCUGGAGUGGAGUUGGUUGGACGGUGACUUUAUAUUUUAGUGGAGGCGCACGACGCGGGAGAAAAGGCGAACGAACGGGAUGUGUUAAGUGGAAAACGCCGGCCAAUGGAGGAAAUAAAUUGUUUGCGAAGUAUUUUUGUCCGUGGUCCACUUUUGGUCUACGACAGGAUAACCGAGUGAUAGUAGGAUUAGAUAAACCGUUCAAAGAGCAUGGCAAAUGAAAGUAAUUGAGCAGCUAGGCAGAAGGGGUAUGAAAUUACUGAUCGGACAACGGUGACUCGUGGGUCGUUAGUGUCUUGCCCUCUGGACAACAAUAAAGAAACACAGGCUCUACCAUUAGAUUUUCGCUGCUGCUUAUAGAAUAAACCGUAUAUCGUGUAAAUUAUGUUUAAAUAGAAAGUUUAAAAAUGUGUGAGCGAUCGUUUGACUUUGAUUCGAUUUUAGUGUUUUACCAUGGUGUGUGGUGAUGGUAAGCAACAUCAAGGUUCGAAGGAAGUAAGACGAUUUUUUCCGAAAUGAAAUGAAUUUGCAUUUCUCUCGGUAGUUUUUUGUUGUAGUAAUGCUCCUCCAAUCUUACCUUUGCACGUGCUAAAAAGUGGACGUAAGUCGUUGGUACGAACGAAUCGUUUUUCAUUACUAAUAUGAACCAUGAUUGGAAGUACACAUACUCUUUAGUAGACAUUUUCCUGUGUAAGAUUUUCUUAAUGUUUAGUCGGCAAACGAAGGCAAUGUUCAAUAGAAUCUAGGUUCCCUUUAAGACACACAAAGCCGAUCCACGAAGAAUGAUAAUGAAACUAAACUAACAUACGGUAUACUGUUCUUGAAGCGCAAGCGUAACGAGGUAUCUUUUCAAAAUCAUCCGUUUCCUAACUCUGUCUUACUGUAUAAAGUUGUACAUGUACAAGAAGGGUAGAAACGCUAAAUGAUCCAGAUGAAAACGAGAGCAAAACAAAUGAAAAAAACGCAUGCACACAAGCUAACUGACUGCAAGACAGAGAGAAAAUAAACAAAAGCAGAGCGUAAAUCAUAUAAUUACUAAGCGAAACACUGUUAGUCCAAAGAUUAUAAAUUAACUUGAACUAUUAGUGCUAAAAAUUAAAAUGAAAGUAACAAUAACAGCAACAAUUGAAUCACAUGUAGAUGCAAACGUGCAAACUAGGGUGUGAGAAACCGAGUUGUGACAAAUUUUCACAAAUUUGACACCAACUACGGUGGGAUGUAGGGUGCGACAGCAAGAGCGAACAAUAAAACCAUCUAUCCAGUAAUGCAAAUUGACUUAAAAUGUCCGGGCUUUGGUAGUUUGUUGCGUUUUUUGCCCACUAGAUUUCUCUGUUUGUAAAAUAUAAAGAUGAGUCACUGGAGCAUAUUUGCAUGGUCUCGAACUACUUAGAAAAAAAAAUGAGAGUAAAAGAGAGGAAGAGCGAGUGGGAGAUGAAAAGAAAGAGAGAGAGAUAUAGAUGGUUUCCCUCGGGAUGUGAAGGAGAUUAAUCUAUAGUGAAUAAGGCAAGUAGGCGGUUGCUAUAACAAACCCAACUACACAGCAUUUUGCACGUUACACGUGGUUCAUAGAACACGUGGUAACCUUCCUUGCGUGAAGGGACGAAGUAAUUUUGUGAAGCAAAACCAGCAAUCAAAAACUAUACUACUGUUGUUAGCCGUUUUCCUGCGCUAUCCAUGCCGCUAGCUCUCCGGUAGGUCUUUGUGGCCGGACGGACUUAAGGACGGAAAAUCGCAGAAGGAAAAGACAGACAGCCCAGUUGUUCCCUUCCCUAGCUGUCCAUACGCUCUAGCACACAAUAUCAACGAGAACUGAAGUGUUAGCAGUGUGCGCACUUCUUUUGUAAUGUUUAAAUUUACUCGUACGGCUCCAAGCGUAAAGUGUAAUUGGUUUUUCCUUUGAAAACGUUCGUGUUCAUCCACCAUCGUUCGCGGUCAGAUAAUAAACUAUACUUGCCCAUAUUUAGCGUCCUAGAAAGGAGACGAAGGUAGGGAGAUAGACCUCUGGGAGGAGCAGAUUUAAUGAACAGAAUUAUAUAUACACACUCACACACUUAGAAAAACAACCGAGUCAAUGCGUCAAAUAUCUCUAUCUUUCUCUCUCUCUCUCUGUCUCUCUUCUCUAGUUUAGAAAAAAAGGAAGUGAGGAAGAGAGAGACAGAAAGUGUGCGAUAUUAAGUAUUUAGAACAACCCAGUUCAAUGAAUUUGUACAUCGUAAGUCAACAAAAAAGGUGAAUACAAAAAAACUAAAGUUAAUACAAAACAAAGCAACAAAAGAAAAGGUAAUACACACAAAACAAAUACAUACACAAACCACAAUAGGAGGAGGAGGAAGAGGAAGUGUAAGUCAAAGAGUAAGAAAUUUAAAGAUAAACAUUCGGGUAGAAAGAAAAGAAGCUGGUCGUCCUUGAGGUGAUGAAAACCACGGCGGUUCGCUGUGGUGUGAAUUUACUUUUAAGAGUGUAUGAGAAACGCGUGCGUGUGUGCAAGAGAUCGAGAAAAAAGGGCCAGUGUUGAGGCAGGCAAGGCGGGAAGGUAGAGCGAUAAGUAGUGCAGAGGAUUUCGCUCUUCUCACAUGAGGGAGGGGGUGAAAUGAAAUAGACGAGGUAAACGAAACAGAGCGUACCGUAACGUUGUUGUUGAGGAAGUAGGAAAACGAAUGAAUGCAGGUGGAAACAAAUAAAUAUUGAUAAAAUAA